UAAUACUGCUGACAGUUUUAGGAUAGCCAUCAAGAAAAGUAAGUUAUAUUCCUAGCAUUUGCUUUCAUUUGGAAUUGAGAGAAAAUCAGUUGCUCAAAGGAUGGCUUGCCUGCACGAUCACGAUUGCGCCGACCAUAACUGUUCCUCUGAUUGGUCUCUCUUCAAGCAUAUCGACCUUCCAAAGGUGUCUGCUUUGAAUGAGGCUGUCACGGGAAGUGUCAAAUCAGUUUUUAAACCAUGGGAGCAGCGUUUGAAUUCUUCUGAGGGCCACUUGGAAAGCAAUGAAGGUGAUCCGGAACUGAUUGUUUUCAUUCCGUUCACCGCAGAUGUUAAAAUCAAGAGCAUAGCUAUUGUUGGUGGUGCUGAUGGAACAAGUCCAUCUAAGAUGAGGGCAUUUGUCAAUCGAGAUGGCAUUGAUUUUUCAGAUGCUCAAUCUAUGCAAGCGAUUCAGGAAUGGGAUUUAGCUGAGAAUUUGCAAGGAGUUUUAGAGUACCAGACAAGGUAUUCUAGGUUUCAAAGUGUGGGAAAUAUCACUUUGCAUUUCCCUGAUAAUUUUGGUGCUGAUACAACACGAAUACAGUAUAUUGGCUUGAAAGGAGAAGCCACACAGAUGAAGAGGGACGUUGUUGCAAAUAUUGUUUAUGAGAUUAUGCCUAACCCCUCUGAUCACAAGACUCGGGCUGAGACUGGCGGAGGCUUUUCACAUGUGGAAUAAGCUUGUGGUAAAAGCAGCUCUUAUGAGUAAAGUGCUUUCUCUAUGAUGUACACUGUAGUGGAGCUUAUAUAUACUCAAAAAAUACCCAGGAAUUAUUAGACAAUUUACUGAAAGUUUCA